UAUCUCAGAUCACUCAGUUUUGAUAUCCUGUCCUUGCGAUCUAAACAUCUCUCCACCAGAAUCUUCGCAGCCAACCGCAUUAGACCCCCAGAUACUCUCUACAACUCAUCAAAAUGACCAUAUAUACAUCCAAAUUCCCCAGCACCCUACCAAAAGUUCCGAGUCAAAUCAAAGACGCCAUAGUGGACCCUAUCUACCGUAUCCUCAACGCAGUCGACACCUCCAACCCCGCCCUCUUCGCCUCCGCGAUCCAUCCCGCUGGCCGUAUCGACCUAAACGGUCGCGUUUUCGAAGGCGUCGAUGCCAUCACGGCAAAUGUGUACGACUGGAUUGCAAAUCUGGAGACUAUGCAUCACCCGUCCGGCAUUCGGGUGACAAAGUACGAUGAGGCGAAUGGGACGGCGAGCCUUACUGCUACGGUCAUUGCGCAGCACUACCGACGGGGCAAGGGAGUGGAUUCUUCGGCGCGGGGGCUGUUGGCGGGGGCGUUCUAUUUCGUCGAUGUUGUCAGGGAGGAAGGAGAUAGUGAGCAGUGGAGGGCUAAAGAUUGGACUUUGAAUACUGUGUGGAGGGAGGGGGAUAUGACGGUGAUGACUGGGGAGGAGAAAGAUGGUGCGAAAGAUGAAUAGUGGGCAGAUGCAAGUCGG